CCUGCUCAGCUCGCGCUGGUUUCGGGGAAGUCAGAUGACCUUUUCUCUCCCCUGGCUCUCGCUCUCGGUUCUCCUGUCCUGACACCAUGGCCCCUCUGCUGGCUCUGCUCUGCCUGCUGCCGCUGUGCCCAGGCCUGGCAGCGCUCUCCUGUCCGCAGAAUGUCAAUAUCUCCCGUGGUACUUUCACCCUCAGCCAUGGCUGGGCCCCUGGGAGCCUCCUCACCUACGCCUGCCCCCUGGGCAGCUACCCAACCCCGGCCUGGAGACGAUGCCAGAGCAACGGGCAGUGGCAGACCCCAAGAUCCACGCUGCAGCGAUCCCCUCGGUGGGUUAAAGCAAUCUGCAAAGCUGUUCGCUGUCCAGCUCCGACUUCCUUUGAGAACGGCAUAUACACCCCCCGGCUGGGGUCUCACCCCGUGGGUGGCAACCUGAGUUUCCAGUGUGAGCAUGGCUUCACAUUGCGGGGCUCACCUGUGCGAUACUGUCGCCCCAACGGCAUGUGGGAUGGGGAGACCGCUGUGUGUGACAGUGGGGCUGGCCACUGCCCCAACCCGGGCAUCUCAGUGGGCACAGUACGGACAGGCUCACGCUUUGACCUUGGGGACAAGGUCAGUUACCAAUGCUCCUCCUCAAAUCUGGUGCUGACUGGCUCUGCGGAGCGGGAGUGCCAGAGCAACGGGAUGUGGAGUGGAACAGAGCCCAUCUGCCGACAGCCAUACUCUUAUGACUUCCCUGAGGAUGUGGCCUCUGCCCUAGGCACCUCCUUCACCAACCUGCUUGGAACUACCAAUCCCAUCCAGAAGAGGACGGAAAAUCUGGGCCGUAGAAUCCAAAUCCAGCGCUCAGGUCACCUGAACCUCUAUCUGCUGCUCGAUGCAUCUCAAAGUGUGUCAGAAAAAGACUUUGAGAUCUUCAAGGAGAGCGCCUCCCUCAUGGUGGACAGGAUCUUCAGCUUUGAGAUCAAGGUCAGUGUUGCCAUCAUUACCUUCGCUUCCAAGCCCAAAACCAUCAUGUCGGUGGUGAGUGAGAAAUCCCAGAAUGUGGUGGAGGUGAUCAGCAGUCUGGACAAAGUCUGCUAUAAAGAUCAUGAAAACGCCUCUGGCACUAACACUUACGAGGCUCUGAACAGUGUCUACCUCAUGAUGAAUAGCCUGAUGGCGCGCCUGAGCAUGGGAGGCUCUGCAUGGCAUGAAAUCCGCCACGCCAUUAUCCUCCUGACAGACGGAAAGUCCAACAUGGGUGGUCCUCCCAAGCCAGCAGUUGAUAACAUCAGAGAGAUCCUGAGCAUCAAUCAGAACAGGAACGACUAUCUGGACAUCUAUGCCAUUGGGGUGGGCAACCUGGAUGUGGACUGGAAAGAACUGAAUGAGCUGGGGUCCAAGAAGGACGGCGAGAGGCACGCCUUCAUCUUGAAGGACUCGCAGGCAGUGCAACAGGUCUUUGAGCAUAUGCUGGACGUCUCCAAGCUCACGGACACCAUCUGUGGGGUGGGGAACAUGUCGGUCAAUGCCUCUAACCAGGAGAGGACACCUUGGCAUGUCACCUUUAAGCCCAAGAGCAAGGAGACAUGCCGGGGGUCCCUCAUCUCUGACCAGUGGGUGCUGACAGCAGCCCACUGCUUCCAUGACUCCCAGAUGGAGGACCGUCACCUGUGGAGGGUCAUUGUGGGGGAUCCCGCCUCUCAUCAUGGCAAAGAAUUCCUUGUGGAGAAGGCGUUGAUUGCCCCUGGGUUCGAUGUCCAUGCCAAGCGGAGCCAGGGCAUCUCAGAGUUCUAUGCUGAUGAUAUUGCCCUGCUGAAGCUGGCCCAGAAAGUGAAAAUGUCCACUCAUGCCAGGCCAAUCUGCCUUCCUUGCACUGUGGAGGCCAACAUGGCUCUUCGAAGAUCCCCAGGUGGCACCUGUAGAGACCAUGAGACAGAACUUCUGAAUCAGCAGAAAGUUCCUGCACAUUUUGUGGCUUUGAAUGGGAACAAACUGAACAUUAACCUCAGGACAGGACCUGAGUGGAUAAGCUGUAUCAAGGCCGUCUCCGAAAACAAAAACAUCUUCCCCGGCUUGACAAACAUCAGUGAGAUAGUGACAGACCAGUUCCUGUGCAGCGGCAUGCAGGAUGAGGACAAUCCCUGCAGAGGUGGGCCUGCGAUACGCUGCCCACGGCCACAGGACUUUGAAAAUGGGGAGUACUGGCCCCGGUCUCCCUUCUACAACCUGAGUGACCAGAUUUCUUUUCAAUGCUAUGAUGGUUACACUCUCCGGGGCUCUGCUAACCGCACCUGCCAAGCGAAUGGCCGGUGGGAUGGACAAACAGCCAUCUGUGAUGAUGGAGCGGGAUACUGUCCCAACCCGGGUAUUCCCAUUGGCACAAGGAAGGUGGGCAGCCAGUACCGCCUUGAAGACACUGUUACUUAUCACUGCAGCCGGGGACUUGUCCUGCGUGGCUCCCAGCAGCGAAUAUGCCAGGAAGGAGGCUUAUGGAGUGGGACGGAGCCUUCCUGCCAAGACUCCUUCAUGUAUGACACCCCUCAAGAGGUGGCCGAAGCAUUCCUGUCCUCCCUGACAGAGACCAUAGAAGGAGUUGAUGCUGAGGAUGGGCACAGUCCAGGUGAACACCAGCAGAGGAAGAUUGUCCUGGAUCCCUCGGGCUCCAUGAAUAUCUACCUGGUGCUGGAUGGAUCAGAAAGCAUCGGGGCCAGCAACUUCACAGGGGCCAAGCGGUGCCUCACUAACUUGAUUGAGAAGGUGGCGAGUUAUGGGGUGAGGCCACGAUAUGGUCUGAUAACCUAUGCCACGGUCCCCAAAGUCUUGGUCAGAGUGUCUGAUGAAAAGAGCAGUGAUGCCGACUGGGUCACUGAGAAGCUCAACCAAAUCAGCUACGAAGACCACAAGUUGAAGUCAGGGACCAACACCAAGAAGGCUCUCCAGGCUGUAUAUAGCAUGAUGAGCUGGGCGGAGGAUGUCCCACCCGAAGGCUGGAAUCGAACCCGCCAUGUCAUCAUCAUUAUGACCGAUGGCUUGUACAACAUGGGUGGAGACCCUGUCACUGUCAUUGAGGAGAUCCGAGACCUGCUGCACAUUGGCAGGGAUCGCAAGAAUCCCCGGGAAGAUUAUUUGGACGUGUAUGUGUUUGGGGUCGGGCCUCUGGUGGACUCCGUGAACAUCAAUGCCUUGGCUUCCAAAAAGAACAACGAGCAGCAUGUGUUCAAAGUCAAGGAUAUGGAGGACCUGGAGAAUGUUUUCUUCCAAAUGAUUGACGAAAGCCAAUCUCUGAGCCUCUGCGGCAUGGUGUGGGAGCACAAGAAAGGCAGUGAUUAUCACAAGCAACCAUGGCAGGCCAAGAUCUCAGUCACGCGCCCUUUGAAAGGACACGAGAACUGUAUGGGGGCCGUGGUGUCUGAGUACUUUGUGCUGACGGCAGCACACUGUUUCACGGUAGAAGAUCAGAAGCAUUCCAUCAAGGUCAACGUGGAAGGGAAGAGGCAGGACCUGGAGAUCGAAGAGGUCCUAUUCCACCCCAACUACAACAUCAAUGAGAAAAAGGCAGAAGGAAUCUCUGAGUUCUAUGACUACGAUGUGGCCCUCAUCAAGCUCAAGACCAAGCUGAAGUAUGGCCAGACUCUCAGGCCCAUCUGUCUUCCUUGCACGGAGGGAACCACCCGAGCCUUACGGCUUCCUCUGACAGCCACCUGCAAGCAACACAAGGAGGAGCUGCUCCCUGUGAAGGAUGUCAAAGCUCUGUUUGUGUCUGAGGAAGCGAAGAAACUGACUCGGAAGGAGGUCUACAUCAAGAAUGGGGACAAGAAAGCCAGCUGUGAGAGAGACGCUCUGAAGGCCCCAGGCUAUGACAAAGUCAAGGAUGUCUCUGCGGUGGUCACCCCCAGGUUCCUCUGCACUGGAGGGGUGGACCCCCAUGCUGACCCCAAUACUUGUAAAGGAGAUUCUGGGGGUCCUCUCAUUGUUCACAAGAGGAGCCGCUUCAUUCAAGUCGGUGUGAUCAGCUGGGGAGUAGUGGAUGUCUGCAAAGACCAGAGGCGGCAGCCGCUGGCACCUGCUCAUGCCCGGGACUUCCACGUCAAUCUUUUCCAGGUGCUGCCCUGGCUCAAGGAGAAACUCAAAGAUGAGGAUUUGGGUUUCCUAUGAGGGGCUUUCUGCCAGGAGGGGGUGAGGAUCAAUUAAAGCAGUUGCAAUAAA